CCUUUUUGGGACACGCUUGAAAGGAGACACACGUGAUUCUCAAUUUCUCACAAUGUUCCUGGUGCCGUCUGCCUUCAUCGUAUUGUUGCUUUCUUUGUUCCUCAACUAGAAAUAUAUACUAAUUGUUUGCAGAUCUCUCAUUGCUUCCUCUCUUUGUCUCACACAAUCAACAUUAUCAAUUUUCUUUGUCCUUCACAACUCCACAAUUCGUCCUCCAAAUUCAAAAACACUCUCCCAUACCACACUUCAGUCUCCAACACAUCACCAACUCUCCGAAAAUGGCAGGCCCCAAUCCUCCAGACCCUUACCCCUUCAACACAUCAACCUUCCUAACCAAACCCCGCCAAUUCGCCUGGCUCGACCGCAGUUCCACCUGGCCCGAUCUGCCCGCGACCCAAUGGACACCCGUCAAAGUGCUCGCGGCAACGGGUUCCGGCGCCGUCGGACUCUUCAAACACGUCGGCUCUAACCCCCGGGUGCCCUCCCAUAUGGUCGUGAAACAAGUAUUCGCCGAGGGUGUCAACGAACUCGCCAACGAAUCGCGAUUGUUGCGCAUGUUGACCGGUACUGGGACGAAACAUGUGGUGAAGCUGUAUAAGGCAUUUGAGAGGGUUAUGGGCACGGGAGCUACGGGCGAGGAUACGUUUGAUGCGUUGCCGUUUGAUGAGGAUGAUGGGGAGGUGGAUGAUGCGAGGAUGGUGGGGAGGAUGUAUAUUGAAUAUGUGGAGGGAGGCGAUUUGGCGGGGUGGAAGGAUAAAUAUAGGGAAGGGGAUGAGAAUAGGAGGAAGGUUAUUCCUGAGGAGGUAUUGUGGAGGAUGAUGGGGUGUUUGGUUAGGGCUGUUUUGGUGUUGGAGACCGGGAGUGAGUUUGUUACUGUGCCGAAUAUUAGUUGGGGGAAGAAGAUUAUUCAUUUUGAUCUUAAGUUGGAGAAUGUUUUGGUGGGGCCAAAGGAUCAGGCGUAUCAUCAACGAUUUCCUAUGCUCAAAUUGACGGAUUUCGGGAUGUCGCAGUUUGAACCUUCUACCAGGGCUCAACGAGCAAUGAAUGUUUGGAUAGGAAAUGCAGUUGAUAGAGCAACGCCAGGAUGGUUUGCUCCCGAACAACGGUACCCAGAACACCAAAACAGAGAUAUGAGCGCAAAAUUAAACAUGUGGGGCAUAGGAUCCAUCAUCUACCGCUUAAUAUGCAGAAAAAACACCCCCGACCCAGAUAUGCCUACAUUCCUGCACUCUUUCAAUGGAAAACCGCUCGAAGUAGUAGGAGACCCCAAACUCCUCUUAUCCCCCAUCCAAUGUCCCUACAGCGCCAAAUUCAUCACAACACUCUGCGCCCUCCUCAUCUGGAAUCCCGCCCAGCGAAUGAGGGCUGCUACUUUAUCUGGUAUCUGCGACCAGAUGAUUGAUCUUUACGACGGCCUCAACUCCGUGCCUCCACGUGGGCCCACCCCAAAACCACCUCCGGGCACCAUCCCACCUAUCCCGCCGCCGGGUCCAGGCGGCGAGGCAUUGUUGGGUCCGAAUGUGUUACCUGGAGGCGGGACAGGUCCCAAUGCCCUGCAAGCAUUCGUAAUGCCGAACACGACGUUGAGAGCGCGGGAUCCGGAGUUGAGGGCGUAUCAGUAUUAUGAGGAUUUUCCAGCCAUGAGUCCGGAUCCGCGGAGUGGUGGGUUGUUGUUCCGGAGGGGACGGAGACAGAGACCGCCGGUGCAGGGGAAUUAUUUUAGUGAGGUUGGGGGAGAGGGGGAGAUGGUUAAUAGGAUGGGGAUGAGGGAUGUGUGGGAGGUUGUUGAUCCGCUUGCUUUCCCUGGGGAGCCGAUUCCUAGUCCGAGGUUUUUGGGUGAGGAGCCUGUGACGCCGGAGCCGAGUUAUGAGAGCUCGAAUAGUGGUGAGGAUGUGGAUAUGACGUGAGUGGGGAGGAAGAGAAGCCUGGGUGGUAGUUGUAGAUGUUUAGUGUGGAGGUGUAUUAAGGUGAGGACGUGAAAGUGUGGUGUUGAAAGAUUAUACUAU